AGUUACGACAAUCUUUUUAAGGAUGAAAUUUGAAAGCAUUUGCUUUGCAAGAUUCUCUGCCCCCACAACAGUGGAGGAGUUUGGUUUGGUUCUAGCUCAUCAUUGAGUGAUUAGUUUCUUAAAGUCAAUACCUAAUUAUUUAUUUAUACAUAUAGAUUUGUCCUGCUUCAACUUUCAAUGACAAAAUAAAUAGCAAGACCAAAAGCAAAUAAGAGAUAGUAGAUUAAAGAUUCCAGAAAUGGCAUAGAUCAGCAAGAUAUCUGCUUCUUCGUUGUAGGGAAAACUCUAUAGCAAGUCCAGGCAAUUUUCAAGGUUGCUAAUUCCUUCUGACAAAGGAAGCUAUACUCAGCUUUGCUCUCAAUCUCUUUCUGCUGUUUGUAAGCAUUUUUAGCAUUUCUAAAUCUGAUAAGACUCUGACAAGGCAACUUAACAGUUGUUAUAAACAUGGAAUAUUUCAAAAGAGGACAACAGCUUUUACCAACUAAAAUACGUUAAACAAUUGUAAUUGGGUGCAUACACAUAUAAAAUUAUAAAAUGGUAUAUGUAUAAUACAAUAAGAAAUGGCAGGUUGACCUACAGCUACCAAAACAAGAAGUUUUCUAUUUAGAUUUCAAGACAGAGAAGAUUAUCCCAACAUCCAUCCAUAGCCAUAAUUUUGUUAUUUGAUCAAGCUGAUCUUGACUCUCUGAUAGAAAUAAGUAACAAUGAAGAAAGUCGGUAUGACCCAGAGAUGCAGUUACUCCCCAAUAUUAACCAUAGUAGUUUUUUCAACUUUAUUCUUUGGAUUCUUUUCGUACAAGGAAUACAGGAAAAUGAUUCCAGUCCCAGAUUUCAAACACCAAAAGCCCUUCCCGGAAUCCUCCAACACAAGUAAUGUUGGAAUUCAAGAAACAGACAAGGAACACAAUGAUGGAAAAGCUAAGGUAGAGACAAAAGGAGGUAUUGAAGAAAAGUUUCAAGAUAGCAAUGAUUCGAACUUAAUCACAGUAGAAGAAGAAGAGGAUGAUGGUGCCAAUAAAAGGAUUGUUUUUCCCCUAGAAGAGUGUGAUAUCUUCAAAGGAGACUGGGUUUUUGAUAAUGGCACACACCCUUUAUACAAAGAAGAAGAGUGUGAGUUUCUCACCGAGAUGGGGACAUGCCAGAAGAAUGGAAGGCCAGAUUCCUUAUACCAGAAAUGGAGGUGGCAGCCCAGGGAUUGCUCUUUGCCCAAGUUUGAUGCAAAAUUGUUGCUGGGGAAACUUCAAGGAAAGAGGCUUAUGUUUGUUGGAGACUCCAUACAUUUUAGCCAGAUGCUAUCCCUGGUUUGCAUGGUUCAAUCUGUCAUCCCACCAGAGAAGAAGAGCUUCAGUUAUGGAAGGUAUACCACUGUCUUUAAAAUGGAGGAAUAUAAUGCUACCAUGGAAUUCUACUGGGCACCAUUUUUGGUUGAGUCCAAUGUAGACCCUCCAACAAGGAGGGAUGGCACAGUGGAUCCUGUAAUCAAGCUUGAAUCAAUCUCAAAGCAUGGAGAUAACUGGAAAAAUGUUGACUACCUCAUCUUCAACACAUAUAUUUGGUGGAGGUACCCUACCAUGAAAGUAUUACGAGGAUCUUUCGAUGAUGGGGUGACAGAUUAUGUCGAAAUCAAUCAGAAUAUAGCAUAUGAGAGCGUUUUGAGGUCAUGGGGCAAGUGGCUGGAAGAGAAUGUUGAUUCGAAUCACACUUCAGUUUUCUUCAGCAGUCCAGCACCUUCACAUAUAAAGAGCUCUGCCUGGAAUAACACAAGCGGGAUCAAGUGUUCAAACGAGACAACUCCGAUUCUAAACAUAUCUACAUCACUGGAUGUGGGAACAAAUCGUUGGCUUUUUGCGAUUGCGGUGAAUGUCAGUCGAUCCCUGGAAAUACCUGUUCACUUCCUCGACAUCACCACCCUUUCUGAAUACCGGAAAGAUGCACAUACAUCUAUUUAUGCAGCACCCGGAGGCAAGUUGCUGACUCAAGAACAAAAGUCUGAUCCAGCAACAUAUGCAGAUUGUGUGCACUGGUGUCUCCCUGGCUUACCUGAUACAUGGAACGAGUUGCUAUAUACGCUCAUCAUAUCCCAGACUUGACUGAACCACUAUGAUUUCUCGUUUUCCCACCCCCCCCCCCCCCACCCCGUUUGUCGGAUGACAUGAUUGAUUGAAUCCCGGGGGAGAAUCCAUCAACCUGGUGUCUCAACACAAAGUAUAGAGGAAUUGAACUUGAAUUGCUGUUGUUUGGUCCGAACUUGAACCAUGCUAUGUAUGUAAUGUUCAUUGAAGAAACACUACAUGUUAAUGGUACAAAACCAAUAGAGAGAGAGAGAGAAUACCACCUAAUUCUUUUAAGUUUAAAUGUUAAGGGGGUUUUUUGUUUGUCCCUAAAUUGAUUGAGAACUUAAAGGAUUAUGCAUGACUCCGGCAAGAAAUUUUUUUUUUUUAAAUUUAUUUUGCCACUACAUUCUUGAUAUGAUGCCUAGGAUUUUUUUUUUUUAAAUUGAAUUCUUGAUUAUCUUGAUUAGCUUUCUUGUCUAUGUUAUUGUUUUCGUUCAAUUGAGAAGUGGUCAGGGUAAGUGAAGGAAUAAGAAAGGUUGAGAAAAGGGCUUCUUCUGUUUAUAAGAAAAAAUUGAGAAAAGGGGCUUUUAUUUGUCCCUAAUUUGAUUGAGAAUUUAAAGAAUUACGCAUGACUCAACAAAGAAAAGAAAAAAUUGGCCGGACACCACGCCGGCCAUGGCUCGUGUUAACCACUCAAUGGCCCAUUUUUAUGAGGAAUUGAUGAGCCACAGGUAAGACCCACGAUGACUUUCGGUUCUCAUAUUGAAUGAACGGGCAUUCACAAAGCCCAAGCCUGUCUAUGCAGACCUUGACCAUGUGACUGAAGUGCUGAGCCGG